CUUACCUAGACGGCUGACCUGACUUUGCCAUUUUCUGACCCUCUUUUCUAUCCUGCUUCCCCCCCUCCCGUCUCUCCAUCUCGCUGCCUCUCGCUUCCUCCGCGCGGUCGCUGUCCGUCCAAACUAUCCUUCCCCUUCCUUCUCUCCCUAAAGGGACAAGUCGUGGGCUGUUUGUCCCGUCCAGCCCAUCCAGCCCAUCUUGUCCUCUUUUAUCUUUCUCCACACCGUGUCCUUUCCUUGAAUUGCCUUUCGUUAAUCAUCGUUGGACGACAAGUAUCGCCUUGAAGGUCUCAGUCGUACUCGCGGUCGGCUGUAGUCGCUUUGUUGUGCGUUGUCCCGCAUCGAGUUGUCGAACAGAGUCAUAUACUCUAGUCGAUUCUUCUAGAGCAUUUUGUGUUAUCCCAUCAAGAUUGCUACACUUGCAGCACCACCACCUCCGCUCGGCGAGUCGGGGAACUCGAACUCCGUCAGCCGGAUCACUCGCGAGGGAAAGAAGAUUACCUAUAAAUUGAAUAUUAUGCAGCAGCCCAAGCGCGCGAGAGCUUGUGGUCAAGGUUCGAAAUCGCACACCGACCGCCGCCCUGUCGAUCCUCCGCCAGUCAUUGAAUUGAACAUCUUCGAAUCGGAUCCCCAUGACGACAGCAAUAAGACCGACAUCACGUUCGUCUACAAUGCCAACUUCUUCCUCUUCGCCACUCUAGAACCCGAGCGUCCGAUCGCAACUGGAAAACUCAUGACAAACCAAGGCUCGCCGGUCCUGACAGGCGUCCCGGUAGCUGGCGUGGCAUACCUGGAUAAACCAAAUCGAGCCGGAUACUUCAUCUUCCCCGAUCUUUCGGUGCGGAACGAGGGCUCUUAUCGGUUUAGCUUCCACCUGUUCGAGCAAAUAAAGGACCCCAAAGACGCAACCGAAGGGACACAGCCCAUGCCGUCGCCCGUCCCUGGGAAACUGUCGUCACCGCAAGAAUUCUUGGAGUUCCGGCUGGAGGUCAUCUCGAACCCCUUUAUCGUCUACAGCGCCAAGAAGUUCCCUGGGCUGACCACGAGCACCCCCAUCAGCCGUAUGAUUGCGGAGCAGGGCUGCCGUGUCCGUAUCCGGCGCGAUGUGCGGAUGAGACGGCGCGGAGACAAGAGAACAGAGGACUACGACUAUGAUAAUGAAAGGGGUUAUAACAACCGGCGCCCUGAUCAAUAUGCGGGAUCAGACGCCUACGCCAACGCUCCUGAACGCCCUCGCUCAACGAGCAUCAGCACAAACAUGGACCCGUACUCCUAUCCAUCGCGCCGUCCGUCGGCAGUGGAAUAUGGACAACCGAUUGCCCAGCCUUAUCAGCGCCCAAUGGCCUCUACUCCCGCUCCAUCUUCUACGCCGAUUCCUGCUCCGAUCCCGAUGCCUGGUCCGGUUGCAUUGCCGCCUUCCACCCCCUCACCUGCUUCUGCUCACGCUCCCGCUCCGCCGUCCGUCCCUCUCGCUGCGCCUCCUCCACUCCACACACCGUCGUAUCAGUCGCACUUGUCAUUCGGUGCCACGCAGACUCAGUACCCCGCUCCUCAGCUUUCUCAUAUCCCGCAACAGACAACUACCCCGACACACCCGUACUCUCCUCGUUCCUCGAUAUCUCACAGCCGAAACCAAUCCAUAAGCGAGUAUGAGCCCUCAAUGGGCUAUCCGGGUUCGCAGACACGACUUUCAGCAGAGCGCCCGAGUUACGGGCAGCCAUCUCAAACAACAUCGCUACCGCCUCUACGCCAUUCACUUGAACCAUCUGUAAAUUCUAGGUCGAAAACACCAUCUAAUAUGAUCACGUCUCUUCCGCCGAUCCAGAGCCUCUCAGAGCUCCCAUCGACCACGUCCCAACCGUCGAGCGCUAUUGGGUCUAGCCCUGCGAAUGAACCUGGUCCCCGACUUUGGGAGACCAACUCGAUGUUGUCGAAGCGGACGUACGAAGAGUCGUUCGGUCAUGAUGACCGGCCGUUGUACAACGGAAUGCGGCCUGAUAGUGAAUCCUAUCCUGGAGGAAUGCAGCGCAGGCCGUCCUAUGAAAGAUCUUCUCUUCUCGAUGGCCCCGACCAGAUGGCUUAUAAGCGGGCCAACGGGCGGAUGGUCUCAAAGCCUGCCACCAUGCGUUAAAAGAAUUCUGCCGGCGUUUAUUUGUCAUAGUUCUUGGCGGGUUCUGGUAUAGGGAACGGCGUACUGGCGAAAAGAUCAUGCUUUUGACAAUCAGUUUCUUGCGGCCUGAAAUAAGGCUCCUUUGAUUUAUACUCCCACAUUAAAGGUCCAACGUUAUACCUUGCUCUUACUCUUCGAAAGUUGUAUAUGAUCCUGCCUAUACGUUCGACCCUCUUUUCUUUCAUUUGUCCUGUCUCAUUCCUCAUAUAUCCCGAGCUUGAUAUCGUUCAAUCGACUCGAUAAGCAUAGCUAACCGGGCUCUGGGCAUUCCCACGUGACUCUUGGAAUUUUCCUAUGAAUUCAGAUAUAUGACCUGCCUUGAAUGAGGU